AUGGCUGGCGAAUCAAAUUCAGUUUCAUCUCUCUGUUCCAGUCUUGAAAAGACUACAUUGGAUGGCUCAAAGGAACUAUCUACCAACUUUAUUCUUCAGAUAGUAGAGGAUGACAUUAAAACAGGAAAACACACCCACAUAGUAACCCGUUUCCCGCCAGAACCUAAUGGAUUUUUACAUAUAGGUCAUGCUAAAUCUAUAUGCUUGAAUUUUGAGCUCUCAAAAAAAUUUGGCGGUAGAACACACUUGAGAUUUGAUGACACAAAUCCUUUGGCGGAGGAUGUUAUGUACAUUGAAUCCAUCCAGAAUGAUGUAAAAUGGCUGGGAUAUGAUUGGGGAGAACACCUAUAUUAUGCAUCAAACUACUUCGACCAGCUUUAUGAUUGGGCCAUUCUUCUAAUAAAAAAAGGAUUGGCAUAUGUUGACAGUCAGACCGUCGAGGAAAUUAGAGCUGCAAGAGGCUCUCUUACAGUCCCUGGAACAGAUUCUCCAUAUAGAAACCGGAGUAUUGAGGAAAAUUUGGACCUAUUCCAAAAGAUGAGAGAUGGACAUUUUCCAGAUGGAAGUUGCGUAUUGCGCGCAAAAAUUGAUAUGGCAUCUAGUAAUAUGAAUAUGAGAGAUCCAAUUUUAUAUCGUAUUAUUAGGGCUUCACAUCCAAACACAGGAGAUAAGUGGAUUAUUUAUCCAAUGUAUGAUUACGUACACGGGCAAUCCGAUAGUAUUGAAGGCAUUACGCACUCCAUUUGUACUACUGAAUUUGAGCUCCAUAGACCACUUUACGACUGGUUUCAAGAGAAAUUAGAUAUUCCUAGGACUAGACAGAUAGAAUUUGCCAGAUUAAACCUAUCUUACUGUGUUAUGAGCAAGAGGUUAUUGCUGCAUUUAGUCAAUAACAAGAUUGUAUCUGGAUGGGAUGAUCCAAGAAUGCCUACAAUCUCUGGUUUAAGGCGUAGAGGUUGCCCUCCAGAAGCAAUUAAGAACUUUUGUACCAAAAUAGGCGUAGCAAAAAGGCAGAAUAUGAUACAGAUUGAAUUACUCGAAAAUUGCAUCAGAGAUUCUAUGAACAAACUUUCCACCAGAUACUUUGCAGUAAUAGAUCCCAUAUUAGUUGAGAUUGAGAAUUUAGCGGAGGAUCAUACUGAACCUGUGGAAAUCAAAAAGAAUAUUGGCGAUGGUGUUAGACAUUUGACAUUCGGAAAGCGUUUUUAUAUUGAUGCCAAGGACUUUUCAGAAUCUCCCAGUGAAGAUUUCUUCCGCCUUUAUGUUGGCAACGAAGUUAGAUUGUUCCACACAUACUGGAUCAAAUGCAAACAAGUUGUUAAAAACGGUGACAAACUAGAAAAAUUAAUCUGUGAAUAUGAUCCUAGUACCAAGGGUGGACAGGCACCAGCAGAAAAGAGAAAAGUGAAGGCUACGAUCCACUGGCUGAACCCGGUGGAUGCUGUAAACGCAACCUUUAGGUGGUACUCUAGAUUAUUUACCAAACCAGAUCCAAAGGAAGAUACUGAAGGCGAAUUAGGAUGGUUGGAGAAUUUGAAUAAGGAAUCCCUAAAGAUUUACAAGGGACUCGUGGAGAAGGAGGCAACAUUGAUGAAUGUCGGAGAUCCUCUACAGUUUGAAAGAAACGGCUAUUUCACAAAAGACCCAGACAGUAGUGAUAAUGAACACAUUUUCAAUUUGACUGCUACAUUAAUUGAUUCAUUCAGUAACACAAAGGACUCCAAGUUACACAAGGAAUUGGAGAAGAAGAAACGUGAAGAGGCGAUGGCAGCUAGGCUGGCCAAAAAAGCUGCAAAAGGAAAGGCAACAUAA